AUGGAUCCGGAGUCAAUAUCAGCGGUGGCCAACACCAUGUACCAGUAUUGGGAUACCGUACUGAAAUCUGGUGAUCUAGAGAAACGACGGUCGGCUCAAAUGUCAAGAUGGAUGUGGAAUCAUGUACAGGAUGAACUGAUGAAAGUAUUCACAGAACACCCAAAAAUUGCCCCAAUGGCACCAGCUCUCGAAAAGGACGUUCGUGAAGGAAAAAUCACACCCGGUUUAGCGUCUGAAAUGCUGAUUAGAACAUUUUUGAAUGUAUAG